UCUCUCUCUCUCUCUCUCUCUCUCUCUCUCUCACUUUCCAUGGCAUUUCCCCUGAAGCAUCGAAACGACGACGCCACCAUCGACGUCGACACGGCCACGCCCCUCCGCUACCUCUCCCUCGACCACGUCUACUCCGCCACCUCCCCUUGCCGCGUCACCGCCAGCGGCUCCUCCAACGUCAUGUCCAAGAAGGUCAAGGCUCGCAAGCUCAACCACUUUGAAAACGACGACGUUUCCGAUCACAAGCCCCUUCCUCCUCCUCCGCCUCCUCCGCCGCCGCACAAGCCCGAGAUUGUCCGUGUCUACUCGCGCCGCCGCGAAAAGAGGCCCCGCUCCUCCUCGUCCUUCUUCGACGGUCUCGUCGCUAGGGCACAGCCCAAGGCCGUCAAGGUGGAAGAGGUCGAUGGGGAUGAGUAUGUGAGAUUGCUGGAGAAGAAGAAGAAGAAGAGGAGGAAGUUCGGGAGUAGCGAGCUAGUCAAAUUGGGGGUUGAUUCUGAUGUUCUGCGUACAUUGGACGCGCCUCGAUUGAGAGAGUGUCGAAGCAGCAAUCAGAAACUUGAGAAAUCGAAAUCGAGCUCCAAGAAGCGCAAUUCUUCUGUUAACGCCGAUAAGGUUCCACCUUCCGUGAAGAGAUGGGUCGGGUUGAGUUUCACCGGCGUUGAUCCGAAAACUUUUAUUGGAUUACAAUGCAAGGUUUAUUGGCCAUUGGAUGCUAAUUCAUAUUCCGGUCGCGUCGUGGGAUACAACUCUGACAGUACUAAGCAUCAUGUUGAAUAUGAAGAUGGUGAUGAGGAAGAUUUGAUUCUUUCAAACGAGAGAGUUAAGUUUUAUAUUUCUCGGGAUGAAAUGGAGAGUUUGAAUUUGAGUGCCAGUCUCAAGAAUCUGGACAGUGAUGUGUAUGAUUAUAAUGAGAUGGUUGUGCUAGCAGCGAGUUUGGAUGACUGCCAGGAACUAGAGCCUGGGGAUAUCAUCUGGGCCAAGCUUACUGGCUAUGCUAUGUGGCCAGCAAUUGUUGUGGAUGAAUCACUUAUUGGUGACCGUGAAGGCUUAAGUAAAACUUUAGUAGGAGGAUCAGUUCCAGUGCAAUUCUUUGGUACCCAUGACUUUGCAAGGAUUAAAGUGAAGCAGGCUAUCUCAUUUCUCAAAGGACUUCUUUCUUCAUUCCAUUUGAAGUGCAGGAAGUCUCGAUUUAUUAAAAGCUUGGAAGAAGCGAAAAUGUAUCUCAGUGAACAAAAGCUUCCUAGAAGAAUGCUACGAUUGCAAAAAGGAAUAAACGUUGAUGAUUGUGAAAGUGAAAAUGGUGAGGAUGGAAUGCGCACUGAUUCAGGAGAAGGAUGUCUGGAUGAUGUCAUGAUUCCAAGGUCGCUGGAUUGCCUUGGAACUUCUGUGUUAGUGAUGGGGGAUCUGCAGAUAAUAAGACUAGGAAGGAUUGUGAGGGAAUCAAAAUAUUUUCAGGAUGAGAGAUACGUUUGGCCUGAAGGUUAUACUGCAGUAAGGAAGUUUACUUCAAUAACAGAUCCGAGUGUAUGUACCAUGUAUAAGAUGGAGGUACUGAGAGAUCCUGAAUCAAAAAUUCGACCUCUGUUCCAAGUCUCAAUAGACACUGGAGAGCAGUUCAAGGGAUCGACACCGUCGGCUUGCUGGGAUAAAAUAUACAAAAGGAUAAGGAAAAUACAAAACAGUGCUCUUGAUGAUUCUGAUGCUAAUGCUGAUGAUGGAUUAGAAAAGCUCUAUAAAUCUGGCUCUGAGAUGUUUGGUUUCUCUAAACCUGAAGUUGCAAAACUUAUACAGGGGUUAUUAAAAUCCAGCCAUGCUUCAAAAUUAGCCAAGUGCAAGUCAACCUCUAGAAGAUAUCGAGAUGUUCCUGUUGGUUACAGACCAGUUCGUGUGGACUGGAAAGACCUUGAUAAAUGCAGUGUUUGCCACAUGGAUGAGGAGUACGAAAAUAACCUGUUCCUGCAGUGUGACAAAUGCAGAAUGAUGGUCCAUGCAAGAUGCUAUGGAGAAUUGGAACCUGUUGGUGGUGUUCUAUGGUUAUGCAACUUAUGCCGGCCUGGAGCUCCUGAACCUCCACCACCUUGCUGCCUUUGUCCUGUAAUAGGGGGUGCAAUGAAGCCUACAACUGAUGGGCGCUGGGCUCAUUUGGCUUGCGCCAUAUGGAUACCAGAAACUUGCCUAUCUGAUAUCAAGAGAAUGGAACCUAUUGAUGGGUUGAGCAGAAUCAAUAAGGAUCGUUGGAAGCUGUUAUGUAGUAUCUGUGGUGUUUCUUAUGGAGCCUGUAUUCAAUGUUCAAACCAUACUUGUUAUGCGGCAUAUCAUCCACUUUGUGCACGAGCUGCUGGUCUUUGUGUUGAGCUCGAGGACGAAGAGAGACUGCAUCUACUUUCAGUAGAUGAUGAUGAAGAAGGCCAAUGCAUUCGCUUUCUUUCCUUUUGCAAGAAGCAUAAGCAGCCAUCUAAUGACCGUUCAGCAGCUGGUGACCGGAUUGGCCGAACUGUGCGCCAAUGUUCAGACUACACCCCACCAUCUAAUCCAUCUGGAUGUGCUCGUACUGAGCCAUACAAUUACUCCUGUAGAAGAGGGAGAAAAGAACCUGAAGCAAUAGCUGCUGCAUCCUUAAAGCGUUUGUUUGUUGAGAACCAACCUUACUUAGUUGGUGGGUACAGCCAACACCAAUUGUCAAGCAAUCCACUGCCUCCCAAUAGUGUUGUUGGCUCUAAGUUCAGCUCUAGGCUUCUGAGGCUGAAAGCUUCUCAACUUGAUGCUCCUACCGAUAUACUUUCUAUGGCUGAGAAGUAUAAGUACAUGAGGGAUACUUUUCGAAAAAGACUAGCGUUUGGAAAAUCGGGAAUUCAUGGAUUUGGUAUAUUUGCGAAGCACCCACAUAGAGCAGGGGACAUGGUGAUUGAAUACACUGGUGAACUUGUCAGACCUCCUAUAGCUGACAGGAGAGAGCGCUUCAUAUAUAAUUCAUUGGUGGGGGCUGGGACUUAUAUGUUCCGGAUUGAUGAUGAACGAGUCAUUGAUGCUACACGGGCUGGAAGCAUUGCUCACCUGAUCAAUCACUCUUGUGAACCAAAUUGCUACUCAAGAGUCAUAAGUGUGAAUUCUGACGAGCAUAUAAUUAUAUUUGCAAAGAGAGACAUUAAAAGAUGGGAAGAACUUACAUAUGAUUAUAGAUUUUUUUCAAUCGAUGAACAACUUGCAUGUUAUUGUGGUUUUCCGAGAUGCCGGGGGGUUGUUAAUGAUGUUGACUCAGAAGAGCGAGGGACAAAGCUUUAUGCGUCUCGCAGUGAAUUAAUAGAUUGGACGGGAGAAUGAUUAAGAAAAUUCUUGUUGUAAAAUAUGUUCGGGUGAGAUCCUUGGUACCCAGAUUGAUGUGACAAGAAGCAAGUGAUUCAGCUGUUUUUUGCUCAAGCUGUUCCUCUUCUUGGUCCGGUCGUGUAAAUUUCAAGAUGUCGUUGAGGCUCAUAACAAAAUUUAAUUUCACCCGGCUGAAAAAGUUGGGUACUUUUGUCAAACCUAGCUCAUUUUGUCCUGAUUCUGUAAUUCGCCAUUGGUUAGGGAUCCUGUUGUUCAUAUGAUUACAUAACUUUGUGAAAAACAAUUCAAAUGUUAUCAAUGAAAAGUGAUUUGUAUACUAUUGUUCUUGUA